GAGAGAGAGAGAGCUCUUAUUUCUUCCAACAGACGAGGGCGCACGAGGACAGCUUUGAUGAUGGUGUCACAACGGCCACACAAAUAGAGCGUCUGACGUCACUCUCCAACAUGCGUGUCCCAUCCACUCAAGGCGGUUGUGUUUAGAAGCGCUUGUAAAACGUCCCCGGAUUUCCCAUACGCUAAACGAGAGAAGGAGAACAUGGACGAAGACUGAUCAGAAAUGAGAAGAUGGUGAUGUAGGGCAUAGGUCUUUCUUCUUUCACGCUGCGCUGAAAGAAGAAAGGAUUUGGAACUUGUACACUUCAAAUUACGUAUGCUGGCGGAGAGACAGCCCUCAUCAUCUUUGGAAUAUUCCCAUUCAGUCUGACGUCUUCCAACGCGCGCUGACUGUGUUGAUCGGCGAAGAACAUGUGCUAAUAUAUUCCGAAAGGCUGCCAUUAUGACUCCCUUUUAUCCAAGUGGGCUCAAGACAGGGAGAUAAUAGAUAGGGUUUGACCAUAUCUGCGUUCUAUCACAUUAUUCAAACCUUGACUGUCCUGGUUAAUGGACAUUAGAUUUUUUUUUCAACCAUCAAAAAAGCCCUCAAACAUUUUUUCUUCUCUUUUGUGAGAAUAUUAUUUAACCAAAUCAUCUGUUCAGUGAAGCAAAAAUAAUACUGACAUUCUGGUUAUUAUUGGGUCUGCUGUGAGUCUCAAGAUCAGUUAAAAUAAGUAAACAAGCAGUGAAAGAAAUACAUGAAUAGUCAAACACUUUCUAUGACUCAACCAAAAAGUGUUGAAUUAUCUUUGUAACUUAAAUGUGUAAAUCGUUAAAGUUGGUGCAUCUUACAUGCUUGCAGUAUUUAGCUGGUGAUGUUUUGUGUUAUAGCCUUGAAUGCACCUCUAGUCUCUGCUAGACUAUAAUCUCCCGCUGUUUAUUCACUCUAAAUCGACGUGUGGCGUCACUGAGCCUUCUAUUAUGACGACUGCCCUAUUAAGAAUGACAGCGCGUGAGGAGAGAGAGGGCAAUGGUUAGCCCUCCCAGAGUUUGUGCAGCACUCUCGAGCGCUUACAUCGCACAGCUUCUCGUCUGCGUUUGCUGCUCCAAACUGUUUUACCAAGCUCCAGGAGAUCUGUCACUCUGCUCUCGUCUAACGGUUAUGGACAGCGCUAAGGACAUGCUGAUGCGCUCCGAGGGUGGUCAGUUCGGCACACUGUCUGCCAAAACUGGCUCUAAUUCGACAGAGGCUACUGGAGACCCCAUGCGCAAGCUACCGAACAAACCGAUUAACCAGAACAGCCCCGUGCCUUAUUCGCAAAACCUAGUGGAUGACACGACAAUGGGACAACGUAGCGGAAAGUACGGAGAUGUGUCACUUGCUAGCAAGCCUUCCGCACCGGAUAGAGACCUGUCAGACAUCCCUAACAAAGAUGCCAGCAGCUCAGAUGCGGAAUCAGACCUCUAUGAGGAAAUAGAUGUCAGCUGUACACCAGAAAGCAUGGAUUACCCGAGUGGACAAGGACUGGCAAUGGGCUCACCAAACCACGGUAAAGAUGUCGGUGUGGACAAUAAGAUGGGCUCAGGCCCUUGUGCUCUCAACUAUGGUUCUGACCAGAUGCGAAGGUAUCGAACCGCAUUCACGAGGGAGCAGAUAGCACGACUGGAGAAAGAGUUUUACCGGGAAAAUUACGUGUCAAGGCCACGUAGGUGCGAGUUGGCAGCUGCCUUAAAUUUACCGGAAACAACAAUAAAGGUUUGGUUUCAGAACCGUCGCAUGAAGGACAAGAGACAGAGGCUGGCUAUGACUUGGCCGCAUCCUGCCGACCCCGCCUUUUACACCUAUAUGAUGAGCCAUGCUGCAGCUACCGGCAGCCUGCCCUAUCCGUUUCAAUCUCACCUUCCUCUACCAUAUUAUUCUCCACUUAGCAGUGUGUCUGCAGGUUCAGCCUCUGCCACCGGGGGUCCAUUCUCCAAUCCUCUGCGCUCACUGGACAGUUUUCGGGUGCUAUCACAUCCAUACCCGCGUCCUGAGCUGCUGUGCGCCUUCAGACACCCAUCACUGUACCCCAGCCCGGGUCAUGGGCUUGGUCCCGGGGGAAGCCCAUGCUCUUGCCUCGCCUGUCACGCUGCCAGUCAGUCAAACGGGCUGCCACAUAGGUCCAACAACCCAGACUUCUCUUGUUCGCCCACUACCAGGACUGAGGCCUUCCUCACGUUCUCGCCAGCAGUCAUCAGCAAAUCAUCUGCAGUGUCUUUGGACCAGAGGGAGGAAGUGCCACUAACCAGAUAAGAUGACAGCAGGAGGCUACAGUUUCUUUGGGUACUAUCCGGAUCAGCUUUGGACACUCUGGCAGUAUUUAUAUGUCAUCGCAUGAACUACUCAAAGCAGCUCGCAAUCUGCUUUAGUUAAGUUUCGAAACUGGGGAUGUUUUCCAAAUAAGAAGCUAUAUGUUUUGCAGACGGAGUCUACUUAUACACUGUCAGGCCACGGACUUUUAAAUAAUCUUUGGAGAAAUUAAAUAUUGAUAACAGAGAUAUAAUAUUAACUCAAACACAUUUUAAGUACCACACCCUAUAAACAAAAAUGUGACAGGAGGACAGGAGACAAGCACAUUUAUUUGUAAAAAAUGACUGGAGGAUGGAGGAUAGCGCAAAAAAUCUAUCAUAAUUUACACUCUUUCAUACCCAUACAAAUUGACCCACAUGCAGUUUAUUUCACAUUAAAACGAUGUUUUUCAUCUAGCCUUUUAACAAGGGGAUUUGUUAACCGAGCACGGUUGGCUCAUUAUUCCUCCUCCGCGAACACCCGGUCCCGGUAGCACACCGAAAUGUGCAGAUGCGAGGGAAAUUAAGGAGUGAUGUAUUCGGAAGGGAGAAAUUUUGAAUGUUGAAUUAAUGAUAAUGCUGCACGCUCAGAGACUUGUCUGCCAAACCGGUAACAAGGCGCCAGGGGAGCGGAUUAAGAAGCUCCAUGCGAGGCUUGCUGGCUUGACGGGAGAACAUGCGCUAGAGAUCCAUUGGACAAUCACAUGCGGCAAAUUGGGGCAAGCCAGAGAUGCCUGUCUUACCCGCACACCGUCAGCUGAAUACCCCCAUCCCGGAGCGUCUCUUCCCGGCCUUGCUGUUGGCUUCACCUUCACACGGAGACACAAAAUACAAAUAAACACACAACUUAAAUGAUUACUCAAGCUUAAAUGACGCUAUUUAUGGACAUCAUCAGACGUGGCAUUAUUUAUUGAUUUAUUGACCACAAUGUUUUAACAUUUAUGUAUUUUGAGUUCAACUGCUGCAUCAAGUUUUUUUUUAUUAUUGUACAGUUUACGUAGGCUAAUUCCUACUCUGCUCAUUUAUAUAGGUUGAUUUCAGGUUUUGGAAAAUGUGCGAAAAUGGGUCAGCAGUGUUCUGAUUGAAUUCAAUUUAAUAAUAAACUAUUUCAAAA